ACCUAAUUAUAUAUAUAUCUAUGUUUUGAAGUUGAAGUGAUACGUAAAAUUUAAAUAAAAGAAGAAGAUUUUUGACGUUUCUAAACGUAGUUUUCAAUUUCGUUUCAUUAAAAUUUGAUAUUAUAUAGAAAUGAGUUUUAAUAUUGAUGUUAGAAAAAAGCAGUUGCACAGUUUGAAACAGUAUAUAAAUUCUACGAAGGAUAAAGUGGAUUCUAUAUUGAAUUAUUUAGGUUGGACGGCAAAAGCAGUGUUGGAAGCACCAGAAAAAGUCGUUUGUCCUAUUGAUAAAAAACAUAGCUUAGUAUUAGAUAAAGUGAACGAACACGUGAAAAAAUGUAGUGUCAUAUCAUCUGGUUAUAAAUUGGAGGAACAAUUUUUAUCGGAGCCCCGAGAACCUACCGCGUAUUCGAUAUCUUUGGAUAACGCUAAAAAAAUCGAAAUUUUGAACGAAGCAAGACAACUUAAUCCAAAAUUCAAAUCAGCUUGGAAUGGAAUCGAUAGUGAUCCGAUGACGAGCGAUCGAUUAUUUUCGACGUUUUCCACCGACGAAAGACUCGCUUUAUAUGAGUAUUGUCGAUUGAACGCCCGACGUCCCCCGAUACCCAAAGAAUUCACUUCGAUUAUCGAUAUUAAUAAAAAAGAAGAACAUGAACUCACUGAAGAAGAAAAAUUGAUAAGAGAGAGAAACGCAAAAAGGCGUCGAGUCAAAUACAAAUCCGUGCAUACAGGGAGGAAUAAGAGCCACACUGAAGUGUUGAGGGAGGUUAUAAGGAACCAAAUGGAGAUGUACGGGGAUUAUUUGACAGAAAAACGUAAAGCGGAAGAGGAAGCGGCUUUAAAAAGGGAAGCGGAGGCUCGAUCCUAUGAACAAUUCCCUCACGUCGAUACUAGAGUCGUGUACGAUUACGGGAUCGAUCCGUUCGAAACAAUCGAUAAUUUCGAGGAUGCUUUCAACGUGAAUUACGAUUAUCGAUCGGAUUUGGGGCCCAAAAUCGAAAACGAACGUUCGGAGUGUAAAAAUGUCGUCGAAGACGAGAAUAAACCGGAAAAAAAAUGUAACUAUCGAAGAUCGCGGUCCAGGGAGAGGGAUAGGCGCGCCAGGAGUCGAGAUGGUAGGAGGAGGAGGAGUCGUAUAAGGAGCAGGGAGGAUCAAAGGGUUCGUUCAAGACACGAACGGAGACAUUGAGACUGUUUAUUAAAUUAUUUGUCUAUUUUUUCCCAUAAAUAAAGCGCAAUAAUUAAU